UCGGCCCCGCGGCUAGUGGGCGGCUGGGCGGAGCGCACCCCUGCGACACCCGCCUGGGCACCCGGCUGCGGCCGCGGCUCCCGGGCUGCCAUGGCGCGUCCCGUGAGGGUGACGACUUGGGUGGAGGAGAACCGGGCCUCCUUCCUGCCCCCGGUCUGCAACAAGCUCCUGCACCAGAAGCAGCUCAAAAUCAUGUUCAUUGGAGGUCCCAACAUCAGGAAGGACUACCACAUUGAGGAGGGUGAGGAGGUGUUUUACCAGCUCAAGGGCGACAUGGUUCUCCGAGUCCUGGAGCGCGGGCAACACCGGGACGUGACCAUUCGGCAGGGGGAGAUAUUCCUCCUGCCGGCUGGUGUACCCCACUCUCCACAGAGGUUUGCUGACACCGUGGGACUGGUCAUUGAACGCAGGCGGCUGGAAACGGAGCUGGAUGGGCUCAGGUACUACGUUGGAGACACCAUGGAUGUCCUGUUUGAGAAGUGGUUCUACUGUGAGGAUCUUGGCACACAGCUGGCCCCCAUCAUCCAGGAGUUCUUCAGCUCUGAGCAGCACAAAACAGGAAAACCCAUCCCUGACCAGCUGCUCAAGGAACCACCAUUCCCCCUGAGCACACGAUCUGUCAUGGAGCCCAUGUCCUUGGAAGCCUGGCUGGAUGGCCACCGCAGACAGCUGCAGGCAGGCACACCCCUCAGCCUGUUUGGGGACAACUAUGAGACACAGGUGAUCGUCCAUGGACAGGGCAGCAGCAAACACCCGGGACAGGACGUGGAUGUGUGGCUGUGGCAGUUGGAGGGCUCCUCUGUGGUGACGAUGGGGGAACAGCAUCUGAGCCUGGCCCCAGAUGACAGCCUUCUGGUGCCAGCUGGGAAUGCGUAUGCCUGGGAGCGAGGGCGAGGCUCUGUGGCCCUGGCUGUGACCCAGGACCCCACGCGCAAGAAGCCCCUGGGCUGAUCCUCCUGAUGCGGCCCUGAAGCAGCCACAGUGUUCCCCCCAUCACUCCCCUGCCCUCUCUGCUUCUGCACGUACUGCUGCUGUGCCACUCAGUGUCCCCAACGCUGAGCCCUGGACAUCACCAUCCACCCUCCUCUGGUCCUCUCAGCCGAGAGGCUGGGCUGCUCUCCAUCCCUCUGUCCCCACAGGCUCAGUGCAGCAUUUGCCUGCCACUGAGAAGGCCCCCAAUAAAGGCUUCCUGGUGGA